AUGCCUGGUGGCCCUGCAAAGCUACGAAUUACGGGAAUUGAGAUUCCUCAGCCAGGAUUUAGACCUGCAGAAUGGGUGGAGGAAACAGGACGGCGUUUAGAAAAAUACUGCAAGAAGUUUAAUGUUCCAUUUGAAUACAAUUGCAUUGCACAGAAAUGGGACACUAUCCGGCUCGAGGAUCUACAGAUAGACAGGAAUGAAAUAACUUUUGUUAGCUGUUUGUACAGACUGAAAAAUUUGCCUGAUGAAACUGUGGCAGUGAAUUGUCCAAGAGAAGCUGUGUUGAAGUUGGUCAGGAAGAUUAAUCCAAAAAUCUUCUUCCAUGGAGUUGUAAAUGGAAGUUAUAGUGCACCGUUUUUCCUGACUCGGUUUAGGGAAGCACUCUACCACUUCUCAUCGUUGUUUGAUAUGUUUGAGGCUAACGUGCCUCGCGAAGACACGCAAAGGUUGACGCUUGAGAAAGGGUUGUUUGGGAGGGAUGCUAUAAAUGUAAUAGCUUGUGAGGGUGCAGAGAGAGUUGAAAGGCCUGAGACCUACAAGCAAUGGCAGAUCAGGAACAGGAGAGCUGGAUUCAAGCAAAUCAGGUUGGAUACUAAAUUAGUGAAUGAAACCAAAGCAAUGUUGAAGAGGGAAUACCAUAAAGAUUUUGUGGUUGAUGAGGAUGGCAAGUGGGUUUUGCAGGGAUGGAAAGGGCGUAUUUUGAAUGCUUUUUCUGCUUGGGUUCCUGCUUAA